ACACAAAGUUCCUGUUGAACUUGUCAUACCAAGAACAUAAUUAGGAAUAAUAAGAGACACCCACAGCAGCCCCGCGAGAGAUAACGAAUGGGGAGAGACAGCAGGUCCUGUAGAUUUAUAUUUAGAAAUGAGGGUUCAGGUGAGUGAGGCCCCGCCCACUGACACAGGUGCUGCUCUGAGAGUUUUCUCUAUUCACUCACCCACAGACAGAGGCUCAUAGUGACAGUCUCAUAGACAUCCUUAUACUGAGAGAGACAGGCACCCGAGGAGAGACAUCACCUAUAGAGACAGGCACCCGAGGAGAGACAUCACCUAUAGAGACAGGCACCUGGGAAGAGACAUUGGAUUUGGGUGUGAAGAAAGUGACAUCUCUGAACUGUCCAGAAGAGACAUGUCUACUUUAGACUGAGACUGCUGCUUGUUAGAAGUACUUAUCUUCAGUGAGACACCCUCUGAGGGGCAAGGAGUGUGGGAGAGACAUGCAUUUAUUAUACCCCUGAGAGAGAGCACAUUAUCCCAUUAGACUGCUUGUCAGGAGGGAGAGAGACAGCUGGUGCCCAUUGUAAGUUGGGAGAACCUCUUUCUGGGAAUGAUCUAAUUCACCCUUGUCCUGAGUAUUGGCACACAGAGCGGCAAACUCCUCUCCAUUUAGCCCAAAGGUACAUGGAUGAGACUGGUUCUGUUGCCAUGGUGACUAGCAAGAACUCUUCUCCACCCUGUCCUCCACCUUGCCCACCACCUCCUCCUACAGGGUUCUCUUUCCCACCUCCUCCACCUCCACCAGCUAAAUUCCCUUGUGCUCCUCCUCCCCCACCAUCAGGGGAAUUAUCAUUGACCCCUAAGUCCUCUGGGGAUACAACUCUGUCACAUCCUACAUCAGCUCCUGAACGACUUGGAGAUCAGCGAAGAUCCAAAUUGCGCAGCUUCAACUGGGAUGCAAUACCUGCUGAGCGUGUGCUGAAGGGACGCAAUAUAUGGACUUGUGGGUCACAACAGCCAAGUCUUCAGAUCGAUGUCACACACAUGGACAAGCUCUUUGCUCAGAGAGAUGAGCCACGUAAAGCUCGAUUAAGUGAAAGGUUCAGGCCACGGCACCAACAGACUGAGCAUGAACCAGAGGUGUCCCUUCUGGAUUCUAAGAAGAUCAUGAACCUGGGAAUAUUCCUGAAGCAAUUCAAGAGGCCGGUACAUGUGAUGAUUGAGGAUAUAAAGAGAGGUGUGGGGUCUAAUUUUGGAGCUGAGAAGUUGAGAGAACUUCUAAAACUACUUCCUGAGAAAGAUGAGGUGAAGAGACUAAGAGCUUUCAAAGGGGACCGGAGCAAUUUGUCUGAAGCAGAACUCUUCAUGAUACUUCUAGUCGAGGUGCCCAGUUGUUCCCAGAGGCUGCAAGUGAUGAUCCUAAAGGAAGAAUUCUUUCCUCAACUGAAUUCUAUGAAACAGGCAGUGGAAAUACAGACGGCAGCAGCCACUGAACUGGUGAGGUGUGAAGAGCUCCACACGGUCAUUUACCUGGUGCUGAAAGCUGGAAAUUACAUGAAUGCGGGCGGCUAUGCCGGGAGUGCUCUGGGCUUUCGCAUGGGGUCACUGCUGAAACUGUCCGACACCAAAGCCAACAAACCCGGAGUGAAUCUCAUGCACUUUGUUGCAAAGGAAGCCGAGAGGAACAGCCGCCCCCUCCUGACGUUCCCAGACAAGUUGCUUCAUAUCAGCCAAGCGUCCCGUAUCAACUCGCAGGAGAUCGAGAGUGACUUGGAGAACCUGAAAAAGAAACUGAGUAGCACAAGGGAGGCUCUCCGAGACCAGUCAGACCUCAAGCAUUCCAUGAGACCCUUCCUGAAGCUUGCAGAGGUUGAGCUCCGUGAGGUUCUCCACUCCCUGAAACGACUGCGAGAUGUACGCCGGGAACUCAUGGAGUUUUUCUGCGAGGAUGAAUCUGCUUUCAGGAUGGAGGAGAUGUGUUUGGUGUUCAGCACUUUCUGUGCCCGAUUCCUUUCUGCUGUGCAGGAGAAUGAGGAGAGAGAGAAGGCAGAAGAUCGCAGGGAGCGAGUGGAGAAGCGCCGAUCCAUUGCCAGUUGCUCCACCCUCGACAAGGACCUUCAGGAUGUGGAACUGGAGUUUCUGCUGCUCAGGAUCCCCCGCAGGGGUCGCUCAGCGAGGAAACCACGGCCACUUCCACGCACCUGCUCUGUAGACACCCUCCAUCUCUCCCCACCCAUCAUGGAAGAUCCCACUGACUACAUGUCCAGAGUCUUCUCUUCACAAGUCAUUACAGAGGAGGAGAAGCCCACGGCCACCCCCCGGUCUGAUACCAAGAAAGGACACGGGCGGCUCCGGAGAGUGAGCUCUGGGGGGGACGGGGGUCAGGAAACACCUGGAAAGAUGAAGCGAAGGCACACGCUCUCUUCUCUCCCCUCCCUCAGUGACGGGGCACAGAAUACCCAAAAUACUCCCCCCACUGUACAACGUGAAAUCAAUGCUGUGGCCCCCGAUGAAGCAUCAGAGGUGGCUCCUAUUUCAUCCCCACACACCCCCCAAAACACCCCCCUUAAAUGCACCCCAAAGUCUUCCCAAAAAGGCCAGUCCUCUCCAGAACUCUCUCCUUCGGGGGGGCUUUUUGCAAAAGAAGGGGGGCACGUGGGGCCCUGAGGCCUCUCACCAUUCUCUGGGGGAGGAGCCACAUAAGGGGGGGCAGUGCAGCGUCUGCACUUGGCACAUUCUUCAGGCGUUUGGCAACGUGCGUCGUUCCCCCAAAUAAUUGCCCAGAGGGGGUCAUUGUACGUUAUGGAGACCUGGGGGGCACGUUCUAGAGACAGUGGGGCUCAUUUUGCAGCACUUGGAUAUAAAGACAACUGGGUGUUCUGUGUCCAUAAGACUGAGAGUAAGAAGGGACUGAAGUGACAGUUGGGGGCAUGAAGGACUCACUGUUGGGGGAGGUGGGCAGAUAAGUGUAACCCCCCCCCAGCCACUGUCGUCUUGUCUCACUCACUGCCAUUGGCCAAACCCAGAAGUUUUUACUCCUCUUUAUUGCUAUGGGGGGGGGGACAUUGAACUUACAUUUAAUAUGACGUAUUGUUAUUACUGGGGGGGGGGGGUUGGAAGAGAAGGAAAAGGAGUCGGAUUUCCCUCAACUCUGACCAAUGGGCUCAAUGGCAUUUUCACAAAUGUAUUUGUCACCGGCAAAAUGCGAAAAAUACGCCGCAAAUUCGUGCCAGGUGACUUUAUUUGCCAUCACUUCCCCUGAACUGUAACAACCUCUCAGAAUACAAACUGUAAUUCCACCUCAAAAAUCAUUAAUUAAUGAGAUAACACUAAUAAACCCAACAAUUUAUUGCUCCAGUCUAUGAACCCCCAAUAAAACUGAUUUCUGAUUGUUUC